UGGAGUACUGUGCAGAGGCGCCUGAUCCUUUGUUUGUUAUGGACAUUUUGGAGAUCAUGGAGGAUAAGGCCAUAGAUAUUAGUAAAGGCAAUUACAGAUCUGUCACUCGAGCACUCACCAAAGGAGGGUAUUCCAAGGAGGCACUUAAAUUACUCACUCUUCUGGGAGAAAAAGAAAGCACUCAUGGUGUUUUGCCGAUUUUCAACAUCUUUUUAAGUGCCUGCAGAACAAAUCUGAAUGACGUUGGGAGCUGUCUAGAGAAAAUGGAAGGUCAUCUUGUUGGGAAGUCUGAAAUAACGUACUGUGAGCUUCUGAAGGUUGCAGUUUUGCAGGGAAAUUUGUCUGCAGUUCAUGAUCUAUGGAAGGACUGCACUAGGUAUUAUAGUCCAAGCAUUAUUGCUCUGAGGAAAUUCGUGAAGGCUUUCUCUACACUAGGUGACCUUCAAUCUGCAUAUCAUAUCUUGCAGCGUAUGGUUGUCCUUGCUGGAGAACACACUGACCAUCUGAUGGUGUCUUCUAAAAGGAGAUGCCAAUCAACAAGAUUAGACAUUCCUGUACCUGCUUUAAAUCUAGUAGAAGAUCUCAAACUUGUAUCGGACUAUGAUCUGCCAUCGCCAUUUCAAGGAAAGAUGGGAGCCGAAGGAUAUUUGGUUGAUGCUCAGCCGGAGCUGUUCCAGGUGGAAACUCAAUCAUCAAAACAUAAGCAAUUGAAGAGUUAUGUGUCAAUUAUUUCUGCUGGUGACAAUCUUGGUGACAAUUCUGGACUAGACAAUGGGAGGAUGACGAAGACAUUGAGAUUUGCACCAGUUGCAGUAAAGAAAAUCUUGCGAUGGUCUUUCAAUGAUAUUAUACAUAUGUGUGUGCUUCUUGACAACUGCCAGUUGGCUGAGCAAUUAUUUCUAGAGAUGCACAAGAUUGGACUGCGACCGUCGAGAUUUACAUAUGAUGGUUUUAUUAAAUGUGUGCUAGCUGGGAAAGGAGUUGCACAUGCUCGCAAAGUGAUUGAAGUGAUGGAGAGAAGGGGUAUUAAACCUUAUGAUGGUACACUUGUUGCUCUCUCAGUUGGCCAUAGCAAAAGUUUACAGUUGGAUCUGGCUGAGGACUUCUUGGGAAGAAUUUCAGAUAUAAAAUCAGAGUAUAUUCAUGGUUUUAAUGCUUUUCUUUCUGGUUGCGACAUUAUGAAUGAACCAGAAAGAGCUCUCCGUGUACUAGCUAGAAUGAAACACUUGGAUUUGAAGCCAAAUAUCAGGACCUAUGAGAUUCUGUUUUCUCUUUUUGGCAAUGUCAAUGUUCCGUAUGAAGAAGGAAAUAUGCUAUCACAUGCUGAUGUGUCCAAAAGGAUCAGCAUAAUCGAGAUGGACAUGUUAAACCAUGAGAUCCAACAUAGUUUUGUGUCUAUGAAGAACUUGAUACGAGCCUUUGGAGCUGAGGGAAUGAUAGAAGAAAUGCUGCGGUACUUGAAUGUUGCUGAGAGUGUCUUAUCUAACAUGGAUCCUUAUCAGAAGAGUGAUCUCUACGGCAUUGUGUUGCAUGCCUUGGUUAAGGCCAAGGAAACACACAAAGCAAUAAGAACUUUCAAGAUCAUGAGAGCAUGUGGUCUUCCAGCUAAUACUGCAAUUUAUACUGUCAUGAUAGAGUGCUGCAAAUUGUUGCCGUGUUUCAAAUCAGCUAGCACCUUGUUGUCUUUGAUGCUCCGAGAUGGCUGCUGCCCUACAGUUGUGACUUACACAUCUCUCCUGAAGGUUCUAUUAGCAAAAGAUGAUUUUGAGGGGGCACUGGAUCUGUUGGACUUAUGCCUAACUGAAGGAAUUCAACCUGAUAUAGGGAUUUUCAACACAUUACUCUCAGAUGCGAAUGCAAGAGGUAAUAUUCACGUUAUUGAAUGUAUUCUUGAGUGUAUUCACAGAGCAAAGAUUCAGCCUAAUGAAUCAACGCUUUGGUACACAUUCUGUGCCUACGUGGAUCAAAAAUUGUACAGCACCGCAGUCGAGGCAUUACAGGUUCUCAGUAUGAGGAUGAUCUCUGAGGACGCAAGCGUUCUCAAGGAGAAAGGAGCAGCUCUAGAGGAUCUAAUCCUCAGCGAAGAGCCAGACGCUGAACUAAGUAUCAUUAAGGCGUUUGGAGCAACCGAGGAAUGUAGCGUGGCAGCCCUAUUGAACCUGAGGUGGUGUGCGACAAUUGGUUCCACCAUAUCUUGGUUGCCCGAGGACAGUCUAUGGGCGAGGAGGCUGGCAUCUUCUUAUGACGCUAACAGGAGACUGGACAUGCCAUGAAAUUUGUGCUUGAAGUAUUGGAUGUUUGAACCAACCGAGGGCAUAGUUCUGCUGAUGUGUUGCAUGGUUUUGACAUGCUCUCGUGGCGAAUACCUGGUGAUGUAAUUGUGAACAUCAUUCACCAGGCAUCAUUCGCUGAGCUGUUGUGUGGUUUUGACCUGCUCUUGAGGCCAAUAGCAGCUGUCCAGGAGGAGCAU